AUGAGCAGCUCCAGGCCAGCCCCUGAAAGCCAAGAGGCCGACAGCCCCACCUGGCCCAUUCAGCCCACAUACAGCAACCUCGGUGAGGUCCGUGCUCACCUACUGCCCUUGAAGGCCUGCUGUCCCCGAACCCCUGGAACCAUCUCCACAGACCCACAGCCUCUGCCCCCACCCCUGCCCAAGAAGACUUUAACUCGGACCCAGUCUCUGCCCACUCAUGGGGCCCUCACUCCCAGCCCUGCCAGAACAGGGCAGCCUCAGAGGCCCCUUCUGGGGUCCCACAGUGUGGAUGAGAGUCAGGCUGAGGCCAGGCCAGCCUGUCCCCCCACAGAGCAGACCUUCAGCAGGUCUCAUGCCACACUGGGCCUCCAAGACCUGCACAGCCCAGAAGCUGUGUAUGCUACAUUGGCUGCCCAGCAGCUUGAGGGCCUCCACACCAUCGAAGCCCGGCUCCGAGCCCGGCUCAUGGGGGGCCGCCCUGACCCCUGUGGCCCUGGCCACAGCUUCAGCCUACUGGACAGCUCACCCUGCAUGGAGAGUGGGGAUGCCCUGUACUACCGAGUGGUUCGGAGGAAUGAGGAUGCCUGGCACAUCUUGGCCGCCAAGGUACCCAAGCUCAGAACGGAGGUGCCACACCCGUGGGGCCUGGAGCUGCAGGCCUCUCUGCCUCCACACUUCAACCUGCAAGGGCUGUGUGGUCUGGUACCGGAGGGCACACUGCUCGCAGCACCCUGGAGAGGCCCUGUGGUGCUAGUGGCUGAGGUACCAGAGCGCACUGUGACCCAGUGGCUGGCGGAGAUUGGCGCGCAGCGGUCAGAGGAGUUCGUGCGGGCCACUGCUCUCCUGCUGCUGCAACUGAGCGCGGCCCUGGAGUGCUUGGAGGCGCAGGGCGCGAUCCUGGCUGAGCUGCGGCCUGAGAACCUACUGCUAGCGGCACCGCGGGGCUGUGUGGCCACGGGGACCCCGCGCUUGCUGCUGGCGGACUUCAGCUGCGUCUGCCGGAGCCCUCUGGAAGCCCCGGGGACUCAUGCGCCUCAGCUGGUCCGCCUGCUCCGCAGGCUGCUGGGCCCUGCCGCGCCUUUGGCCUCGCCUUUGGCCAUGGGCCUGGAGCGCCUGGCCGCCCGGCUGUCCCAUUCGCGGCCCUCAGCGGCCCGGACGCGUGGCGCACUACAGGCGCUGCUCUGGGGUCCUGGGCAAGAGCUAUGUGGCCGCGGAGCCUCGCUGGGGCUCUGGUUGGGGGCCCGCCGCGCCCUACUGAUCUUGCACCUGGCUGAACAGACGGCUGGUGGAGAGGCCCCACGUCUCGAGGACUGGCUGUGCUGUGAGUACCUGGCCGAAGCCACAGAAGCCUUGCUGGGCCAGGCCCUGAUGCUGCUGUGGGACUGA